GAAGCGUUUCGCUUUGGAGAUCCACGACGUUUUCAAGAAGUUUGUUUGAUUACUCUCGAUCGAUCGUGAUAAAAGAACUAAAGUUACAAACGUAUUUUUUUUAGUUGAACACUAGUUCUUAAGGUUAACGAGUUCCGUUAUUCUUUACGACACUUUAUCGAAACAACGGUCUCACGGGAUGGUCACAUCUUAAAGAAAAUUUGUACCCUAUACUUCCUUCCACGCACGGUUUCUAUCGCUUUGCAUGUGAGUAAGUUUGCAUUCUUUCUUCACCUUUAUUUCGAGGAGGAUGAAUCACUAUCGUAAUCAUAAUGGCUUGGUUGUUUGGAAAGAAAAAGUACCAAAAGGAUUUACCACCUGAAUCUGUGGAAGAAGAACAAUCUUCGGACAAUCCAGAAGGAUUUGUAUUUAUUAAAAAAAGGCCUGCACCACCGCCACCAGUCACAGCCAGUGAUGCACCUGUGUAUCCUGGCAACAAUCUGUAUCCAAGCAUCCCUCCGGUUCCAAUUUAUUCGUCUACCUUACCUAUCGACUCUACAAAAGACCACAAUCAUGGCGAUGGUACACAUUACUUGAACGGAGUACCUUUUAAAAUGUCCAAACAACUAGAAAGCAGUAUGAAUAACGAUUUGGAGAUCGAUCGACUUAGAAUCAGUGAAAUCUUGUCGUUCAUUGAGAAAAUACAAAAUCAAAAUUAUAAGUACGACUUCACUGUCGAGGAAGGUGUGAUAGCGGAAAUGAAUAGUACGAACGAGUGAUACUCUUACGUUUUUCGAUGGAUACAAAUCGAGAACAUCUGUGGAUGUUCAUGCCAUUUCCACGGAACAUUAUUUCAUGUUUGUGGCUAUCCUAUUUUGUGCACAGUUAUGCCCAAAGUUUUUGCUCUCUUAUUCGUUAUGUCAUCUGCACGGAAAGUCAGACUAAUGAUUGUCGCGUUCGCGAUUACGGUUCGAGAUAGGAAUGUCGGAGUCGAUUUAGAAUUUAAUAAGAAUGGAUUGGCCAAAAAAAUUGAUCUGUUGAAAAUCAUCUCGAUGAGUCUAUUUUUUAGUUAAUAAUUAUAUCUCUAGCUAGUAAAAUCAUUAAGUUAGAUUUGGAUAUUUAUAUUUCAGACUACAUCGGAAUAAAUUUGCCAAAAAUUUAGUAAUAAAUUAAUUUCUAUUUAUUAGCAAUUAGUUUAAAGGUAGUAACUUUAAAGAUAAAGAUUAACUUUAAAGGUAACUGUGAUGGUCAACUAUGAGAUUAGCUGCUUUCGAAUUUUCUGGAAAAACAAUUUAGAAUUGAACAUCCCUAUUCGAGACCGACGAAGAAGAGUACGUUUCGAUAUGCUCUGGUUUACGAGUAAAAAUUUAUUUUUAUCGAGAGAAGAUGCGUAAAGGAACACAUUUAUAUUGUACUAUACCAUUCGCCAUUACUCUUAAGUUUAUAUUGUAUAAUACACCACAACGUUAUAUGCAUCUGUAACAUAUGUAUAAUUUUAGAAAGUCA